GUGAAAGACUUUCUGUGGCCUCGCUGGGGUCUGGAUCGUGGGAAAGUCUUGCUGGAGUUGCUCCAGAGCGAAAGCUUCGUGACCCGCCCCCUGCUUGUUCACGCCUUCUCUAUCGGGGGUUAUACUUUCGCUCAGCUUCUGGUCCACAUUACUGAGGACAAACAGAAGUACCAGGCAGUGACAAAUCGGAUCAGAGGUCAAGUCUAUGACAGCUUGGUAGUGGGGUCACUGGAGCACAUGGCCAUAGGCCUGGGUAAAACUAUGUUUCCUCGUUGGGACACGCUGGUCAAACAGUUAAGCCUGCUAUACUUCAGCGUUUUCAAACGCCAAACGGUGGACUAUUUCAACUCGAGCAUCGAUGUGUUUUGGAACACUCCAGUCACAGCCCCAUCGCUGUUCUUCUUUUGCGAGAACGAUCUGCUGAGUGACGCACAAACAGUGGAGAAGCUGGCUGACUACUGGCAGAAGCAUGGGAUAGAGGUUACAGCGAAGAAGUGGGAGACAUCGACCCAUGCAGGGCACCUAAAGAAACACCCGCAGGAGUAUCUGAACACCCUGGAGGCCUUCCUGCAGUCACUCCAAAUCACCCCACUAAAAGCCAAGAUGUAAGCUGGUAUCUUUGUGGGAAUUAAAAUUGUUUGUUUUUUCGCUGUAACCUAAAAUAGUUGUUUAUCUAUACUAAUUUUAUUUUUCUUUUGUCAUUUCAGUAGAAAACGAAACUAAAAAUCAUUAGUUUA